AUGACAACUUCAAAUCUGCUCGAGUCCAAGUCGCGAUGGCACCCUACACCCUCGUAUCAUCUCAAGGCGCUCCGGGGGUGGAUGAACGAUCCUUGCGCCCCCGGCUUCGAUCCCAGCACUGGUGAAUAUCACUUGUUCUAUCAAUGGAACCCCAAGUCCUGCGACUGGGGCGACAUCUGCUGGGGCCACUUCGCCAGCCCGGACGGUGUACGCUGGCAGCACAACGGCGCCGAUCCGGUCCUAGCGCCCGCCCUCUCCCACGAGGACAAGGGCAUCUUCACGGGCUGCAUGCGCGCGGCCUGCCCGCGGGGCGAGAAGCGCCAGCUCACCGUCUUCUACUCCUCCGAGGAGGAGGAGAAGCAGCUCUAUGGUGUUCUCUCCGGAGGAGUGGUCGGCGAGGGGCCGAACGCGUUUCUGUAUGCCGUCGCGCCGGACGACUUGGCGACGUGGACGUACCUGGGGCCGCUGGUCGAUAUCCCGGCCCGGCUUCGCCGCCCGGGCCGCUGGGGCGGCGAUUUCGGCGUGAACUGGGAGUGUAAAACACAGAAAACCCCGGGGGAAGAAGAUCCGCAUGGCCUCUGGGCGCUCUGGAUGGGCGGAAUUCUGAAGAAAGAUUCAGACGGCCGGUCCGUCUUAGCCUACGAUUUCGGUGGCGUCUUGGACCACGGGACCUUCUACGCGCCCAACUCGUAUAAACACCCCGAAACCGGGGAGAGGAUCGUGUGGGGAUGGAUAAGAGAGGAAGAAUUAACGCUGGCGCGACGCGAGCCGAAGGGCUGGACGGGCUACCUGUCUUUGCCCCGCGAGUUAUUCUUUCUGCGGCUGCCGAACGUCAUCCGCGCGCUGAAGACGCCCCUCGACGAUAUCUCCGCCGUAAAAGUCCUGGACCGCGGAUCUGCAGGCGGCGGGAGGGCAAAGACCGUGCGCACUCUUGGCGUGCGGCCGUGGCCGGCGCUUGGAUCGUUGAGGCCGGAGGCGUCUAUGAGCCGGCCGUCGAUCGCGACGGAUAGGAGCAGGCCUCGUCUGCUCGCGGUGACCAAGUCGACGAACUGGGAGCUCGAAGCCACCAUCAAAGUGCGCCCAGGCCUCGAACAGAUCGGCUUCCACGUACGGCACGACCGAAAUUCGGCCAACUCGACGAAAGUAUAUUUCUCCGCCGGAGAGGAGCAGAUUGUCGUCGACGAGACCCUGUCGAAUAGCGAGGCAGAUAUCAAAAAGGAGGCACUGGCAGGUCCGUUUACCCUGUUUGUUUUCGGCAACGACGGGUCCCAGGUCGUAGAAGAUCUCCGCCUGCGUAUAUUCAGCGACGGGGAUGUCCUCGAAGUGUUUGCCAAUGAUCGCUUCGCCCUUUCCACUACCGUCUAUGCAGAUGCUCUGAGCUGCUUAGGCAUCAGCUGCUUCGUGCAAGGCAAAGGUCUCGACAUAGGCGGGUUUGAGUCGACCCGUUUGAUAAAGCUGGCCCAGGGCGCCAAUCCUUUCCCGCGAAAAUGCUUCUUGUCGCUCUCGGAUCCGUUUAAACCGGAAGAGGAAUUCGACAGGAAUGAUGAAAUCUUCGACAUGGGCGCUCGCGUCAUCCCCAUCUUGAUCGCAUCUUAGCGGCAACGCCACCACAUCUGCGAUAGUACUCGUGAUGUCCUUUGGCUCACUCGCCAUUCACUCGGCCGUGACGUCCCCCCGAUGCUCCCGAUGCUCCUGCCAGUGGGCCAGAAAGGUAUCGUCCAUGAUGAGGAACAGGGAUGUAAACUGGUUAAAGCCAAGCUCGGCGUACCGGGGGACGGUGGGAUCCGGCGUUGGGAUGCCCGACUGGAGAGGGCCGACCACGCUAGGGCAUCCCGAAGCUACGACUAAACCACACAAAUGCUAUCAUCGAGAUCUCGAGGAAGACAUGAUCUGGGGUACGCUUACCACCGGCUCCUCGAUCAUGUGGCCGUUGGGGCCAGGCUGUGGAGACUUGUCCGCUUGUAAGUCUCGAGGCUACGCUGCACCAAACCGUCCACCUGGGCCGUAUCCAUCCCAGGCAUAGUAUCAAACCGCUAGAACAGAAAUGUAGUCACCGA